AUGACCUUCGAAAGUCAAGGUCUUAGUGAAAGUGACUUAGGAAAGGAUGCCAACGUUUUAAUAAUGGAGUUGAAUAAAGGUUUCCAGUCAACAAACUUAGGGAUCCAAUGCAAGACUAUUGCGCAAUUCCCCUCCGUUCUUGAAAAGUAUCCAUUCCCUGUUGUAAUAAAUUCAAUAUUACUCAAAAUUACUCAGAUUUUUUGCGAUGGAAAUAAUCAUGUACGCCUCUGUAUACUACGUGCGUGUGCAGAAUGCAGAACUCACUUUAAAAAAUUGACAGUGUGUGAAGAUAUCAUCCGUAAAUUACUUCCUUUUACAGAAAGCAAUGACCCAACUGUCCGUGCUUUAACUCUACGUUUGUUUGGAAUUCUGGAUGAAAUCACGCGUGAACACCUUGGAGUUCAUCAUGCCAUCUUAAAGCAAAUCGAAUCACAUUAUGAAGUAGAAUCGGAUGCAGCUGUAUGGGCCUGUCAUACAAUCGCCCCAAUAUCUAGUGUGUUUGCUGGUAGUCUUUGCCCCAUAUUGUGUAAAUUACUCAAUGACUUGUCUACAGACACUGACACUAAGCUCAAACUUCUGCAUUUAGGAAAACAUAUGCAUCAUAAUUCUACAGUUUCUGAAGAGAUACGUCGUUGCUUGAUCGAGAUGCUUAACACGUACAAUACUACUAAUUUCGUUAGUGCCAUCUUAGAUACACUUACCACUCUAGAAACUCGUGCCCCACUACAUGUUCACAGCCAAAUCGAUCUCCUACUCAAACGGUUAUCAAUAGAAAAAAGGCCUCAGGUUCGUCAAAGCGUCCUUUGGAAUUUGAUUACUCUAGCCGAAAACAUACCUCACCACUUCGAUAAACCUCAUUUUCUUGAAUUGAGUUCCAUUUAUCAUGGUGAAAGCUGCAGCAAACUGGAUAAAGUAUUAAUACUCCAAAUAUUCUUUUGUCUAACGACAUCAUUCCAUUCUAUGGAAUUUUUAACAUUACCGUCUGGACAACUGGACACUGUUAAAUGUUAUACACCUGUUGACUGUAUAAAAAAGCUUUACAAGAUACAUCAUCCCAUUUAUUAA